UGUUUAAAGAAGCGCGUCUCAUAGUUUGUCGGUGAGGUCGUUCGUACUUCGCAAUGGGUGCAACUUCUCAAACUCUCAAAGCAAGCCGUUUACCAUAUUCCAAUCCUCUUCCACAAACCGAUUUAGACUACAAUCAAAUCUCCUAUUAACCAUCUUCCCCUUCCUUCAUUAUCAAGCAAUCCACAACUGUUCUCUUCACCUCCUCAACCCCUUUCUCAUUCACUAUCUUACGCCAACUUUUAUCAUGAACUUAGGGUUUUCUCUUCAUUAAAAGUAACUUCCUCCUUCUCAUUUCCUAACUUCAAUUCAUCCCAAUUCCAUCCUUUUUUGGGCUUUCUCUCACUGGGUUUAUUGUUUCAGCCUUUUCUAAUGAUGUCCAGAUCCAUGUUACUUGUGUUUUUGUUCGUUAUUCUCAUUAUCACUUCGCAGUUCGAGUGGAGGCAACAACUAGUACCUGAGGUUGACUCCACGGUGAACUCCCAGAAGCAGCAGCAGCAGAUAUCAACGAGGGAAGAAGCAGUUAAGGAGAAGAUAUUGUUAUCACAAGAAAGGAAUAUCCAGAGGCUCAAUGAAGUUGUACGAAGCCUCCGACAACAGUUGCAGCAGUGUAGAGGCAGGAACAUUACAAAUGGUACAGCUCUACUGAGUGCACAUAUUCUCGAGCUCGAACGACUUCAUGUAUUAGAGGACUGAUGCAAGGACGCCGCCAUGGCCAACAACAAAUUGCUAGCUCAUCUGUUAACUGUUUUCAGUAUGGUUUUUUCUUUGGAAAAACUAUGGCAGGGAUAGUGGAUCAUCCCCUCAACCUUUAGAGAGGAAGUUGUGUCAGUUACUGUUGAGGUAAGUUCACUUUGGAGGUAUGAGCCUUUUCAUGUGUAGAUAUAUCACCUGUGUUCAUAAUUGUUUGACAUCUUAUUAUUGGCUGUGGAUAAAAGAAUUCCACCAAUCAUGAAAUUUAAUUAUCCUACCAAGGUAGGUUUUUCUGUUCCCGGAAGAUGAGAGGUAUGUUAUGUACUAUGUACUUCUCAAAUUCAAUCUCAAUCUCAAUCUCAAUCAUGGCUUAUCAUUAAGCCGUAUUUAGGAUUUUA